CACCAACUUCCAAGCUUGCAGCUUUAGGCCUGUUAUCACAUUGGAUAGCACAUAGUUAAUAGAAGGAGGUAGGUAGUAUUAUAACAACUUUUUAACAACUUUUUGCCCCGCCAAUUCUUCCUCCGUGACGUCUGAUCCCACCCGAAUUGUACAUAAAUAUAUUCUUCACAUGUGCUUGUGUCUUACGUCGCUAUCGUAUAUAAGUUUGCUAUCGAAAUCUGAGACAGAGACCCGUUAUCCAAGUCCUUCACUUUACGCACUUUUGGCUUUUUAGUCAAAAUCCAACACCUCCGAUUCGCUAGGAACUUUUUUUGAGAUCCCUCGCAUUAGGUAUAUCCAGAGAGGGAGGGAGAGAAUUAAAUAGAAAAAACAGCCAACCAGCACAGCGUUUUAAAGUAAACAAACAAACAAAAUGGCGCCAAAGGCCAUAAUAGCGCCCUCAAUCUUGUCCGCGGACUUUGCGCAGCUCGGCGCCGACUGCGUCCGGACCAUGGAGCAGGGUGCUGACUGGCUUCACGUGGAUAUCAUGGACGGCCACUUUGUGCCCAACAUCACCUUUGGCGCGCCGGUCGUGGCCAAGGUCCGGAAACAUGUCGAAAAGCCCACUACGAGCUACGGGCGCGGUACAUUUGACUGCCACAUGAUGAUUGCUGAGCCGAAGAAAUGGGUCAAGGAGUUCCAGAAGGCCGGCUGUGAUUUAUACUGCUUCCACUACGAAGCUGCCUUCUCGAGCGCCGCUGAGAGCCCCGAGGGCAAGACCGACGAGCGCACUAACCCCAAGGAACUGAUCCGGUAUAUCCACGACUGCGGCCUGUUGGCAGGCAUCGCACUCAAGCCCAUGACCGGCGUUGAGGUUCUGACCGAGCUACUUGAGAGUGAGGAUCCGAAAGAGCGACCUGAUAUGGUCCUCAUCAUGACAGUAGAGCCCGGCUUCGGCGGCCAGAAGUUCAUGGCCUCAGAGCUGCCCAAGGUGCAGGCGCUGCGCACGAAGUACCCCGACCUGAACAUCGAGGUCGACGGCGGCCUGGGCCCCGGCACCAUCGACCAGGCCGCCGACGCUGGCGCCAACGUCAUCGUCGCCGGCAGCGCUGUGUUCGGCGCCAAGGACCCCGCCGAGGUUAUCUCGCUGUUGCGGACGGCUGUUGAUCAGAAGGUUGGCAAGCUAUGAAAAGUGUAGGUAGUUUGGUUAGAGUCCCUAAGUACCUACCUAAUAUUUUUGGCUUUUUGGGGAGAAGUUGGUAGAUUGGAAGAAGUUAGGAUUAUUCUACAAUAGUACCAUACUUUUCAUAGAAAU